ACGGUGUGGGACGUUUUCGCGAUCGGUCGUAAAGUUUCCCGCGAACGUUUCGUGAGCUAACUCGUUUCGUUAAGUAAAUACACGUCAUAAAUCCGUUAUUAUGUUGACAAGUUCUUCGCUAAAUGACUCUGCGUAGUUAUGUGAAUGUAUGCUAUUUGCAGAUGUGCCUUAAAAGUGGUAUAAAGGAGCCGAGCUGAUAGCACCUACAUUGCCCGCAGAAAAGCAACUAACAGUGCAAUUACUGAACAAAGCCUUAAGUUUGAAAAAGGAACACGCCCAACGGUCGACAGUCGUACGCACGGCAGACGCGGCAGUCGCGCGGGCGACGCCGCGCUGUGCGGUUGUGGAUCGCUGGCGUAGCUGGUGCCGCUGGUGCCACUUCUGUGUGGUGGCGAGCGCGGGCGCGAGUGCGCAGCGCAGCCCGCUCGGCUGGGCGAUGGGCAGCUCGCACCGGAUGGCCGCGGUGGCGGCUGUCGCCCACGCGAAAUACUACUACAACCACACUACACCUGAUGCUGUUAAGACGGUGCAGUCCUCGCAUUACACGGUCAAUAUAUUUUUUGUGAGUGCAACGCUGUGUGGAGUUCUGGUGGCAGUCUGCGCGGCCUGCUGGCGUCGGUCUUCGCCCGCACACAAGCCCGACGCAGUGGCAGAUUGCGGAGUCUACACCGUUAGUACGGAUACCAGGCUGACACAGCAUCCACAACAAGACGACCUUCCGGGUCCUCCUCCGCCGUAUGAGACUGUCAUUGAGGAUAUAUCCCAGAAAGAUUGCAGUAUUUUACAAGAAGUGGUUACAGAACCCUGUUCUAAAUGCAAGACAGGGAGAGUGGACAGCGGCUUACCAUCGUACGAGGCUGCAGUGUUACUACGUGAUACUAAGUUAUAAUGAAAUAAUCUUAGAUGUACUAGACAUAGUGAUAAAUUCGGACACUCACCCUAAGAUUGAAAUCUAUAGAACGCACUUUGACGUUGCUUAGUUGGAAGUU